UGUGUCCACUGUUCUUUACAUACUAUGCAAUCGACUAGGCCAGUCACCGGUAAGACCGCUGCUGUCAUCACCCGCAAACGCAUUGCGACGACAUCGGUGGUCGCUCGUGACGCGAAAAAACGCAGAGUCGAGGUGAAGUCGACGACUACUGUGACUUCUUUAAAGCUCAUAGAUGACGGUGACACGUCGGAUUUGAUUCGUGCUCUGGAAUGUCUUGAGCAGGAUACCUUGGGUGAAUCGUGGAGGAAAGCUCUGCGGGCAGAGUUCUCGAAACCAUAUUUCCUCAAGCUUAAGGAUUUUCUGAUCUCCGAACACAAAUCUCAUGUGGUAUACCCACCAAUCAAGGACAUAUACUCGUGGUCAAGAUUGACACCCCUGGAAUCCGUCAAAGUCGUCGUCCUGGGUCAGGAUCCUUACCAUAACACCGGCCAGGCACAUGGAUUGUCAUUCUCCGUGUUACCCCCCACAAAAUUACCAGGUUCUCUCAAGAACAUAUAUAAGCAGCUUUCUGUGGAUGUUCCAGCAUUCAAACCUCCGCUGAUUGGAGACUUAACUCCACUCGCUAAAGCAGGUGUUCUUUGGCUAAACACCUGUCUCACCGUUCGUGCCCACACCGCCAACUCGCAUUCGAAGAAAGGAUGGGAGUCAUUUACCGAUGCAGUUAUAAAAGCGGUCUUGGAUAGAGAGGAUGACAGAGGGGUCGUGUUCUUUGCUUGGGGUCUACCCGCCCAGAAAACGUGUGAACGGUUGGGCAUCGAUGAGGAAAAACAUUUGGUAUUGAGAUCUGCUCAUCCCUCUCCAUUAUCCGCGCACCGUGGAUUCCUUGGAAAUGGUCACUUCAAGAAAGCCAAUGAAUGGUUGCGCAAAACAAACGAUUCGGAGAUUGACUGGACUGGACUGUGUUCUGCAGAACCUCCUGAGCAAUAGCUUCCUUAUCUUGAACCAGACCUUAGCGCGCAUGUUCCACCUCAACUAUGCAUGUAACCUACAUUGUAUUAAACUACGUAAU